UGGCCCAGUCCUGAGAGCCCCGCCAUGGCCGGCGCCCCCGGGCCGCUCCGCCUGGCGCUGCUGCUGCUCGGGGCGGUGGGCAGGGCCGGCCCCCGCCCCCAGGGUGCCACCGUGUCCCUCUCGGAGACAGUGGAGAAAUGGCGAGAAUACCGACGCCAGUGCCAGCGCUUCCUGACCGAGGCUCCGCCCCCAGCCACAGGCCUGUUCUGCAACCGGACCUUCGAUGACUACGCCUGCUGGCCGGAUGGGCCGCCUGGCUCCUUCGUGAACGUCAGCUGCCCCUGGUACCUGCCCUGGGCCAGCAGCGUGCUGCAGGGUCACGUGUACCGGUUCUGCACCACCGAUGGCCUGUGGCUGCACAAGGACAACUCGAGCCUGCCCUGGAGGGACCUGUCUGAGUGCGAGGAGUCCAAGCGAGGGGACCGAAACUCCCCGGAGCAGCAGCUCCUGUCCCUUUACAUCAUCUACACGGUGGGCUACGCACUCUCCUUCUCCGCACUGGUCAUCGCCUCGGCCAUCCUCCUGGGCUUCAGACACCUGCACUGUACCCGGAACUACAUCCACCUGAACCUGUUUGCAUCCUUCAUCCUCCGAGCACUGUCCGUCUUCAUCAAGGAUGCAGCCCUCAAGUGGAUGUACAGCAUGGCCGCCCAGCAGCACCAGUGGGAUGGGCUCCUUUCCUACCAGGACUCUCUGGGCUGCCGCCUGGUGUUCCUGCUCAUGCAGUACUGCGUGGCGGCCAACUACUACUGGCUCCUGGUGGAGGGGGUGUACCUGUACACGCUGCUGGCCCUCUCUGUCUUCUCCGAGCAGCGCAUCUUCAGGCUCUACCUGAGCAUAGGCUGGGGUGUUCCCCUGCUGUUUGUUAUCCCCUGGGGCAUUGUCAAGUACCUCUAUGAGGACGAGGGCUGCUGGACCAGGAACUCCAACAUGAAUUACUGGCUCAUCAUCCGGCUGCCCAUUCUCUUUGCCAUCGGGGUGAACUUCCUCAUCUUUGUCCGGGUUAUCUGCAUUGUGGUGUCCAAACUGAAGGCCAAUCUCAUGUGCAAGACAGACACCAAGUGCAGAACAGGGAGAAGAGUCCACGGGAGAGGUCCAGAAUGCCACCUCCACCCUGCCCCCAGGCUGGCCAAGUCCACGCUGACCCUCAUCCCCCUGCUGGGGACCCACGAGGUCAUCUUCGCCUUCGUGAUGGACGAGCACGCCCGGGGGAUGCUGCGUUUCAUCAAGCUGUUCACAGAGCUCUCCUUCACCUCCUUCCAGGGGCUGAUGGUGGCCAUCUUGUACUGCUUUGUCAACAAUGAGGUCCAGAUGGAGUUUCGGAAGAGCUGGGAGCGCUGGCGGCUCGAGCACCUGCACAUCCAGAGGGACAGCAGCAUGAAGCCCUUCAAGUGUCCCACCAGCAGCCUGAGCUGUGAGGGCACAGUGGGCAGCAGUGUGUACGCAGCCUCCUGCCAGGCCUCCUGCAGCUAAGACUCCAGCACCUGCCCUCCCUGUGGUCUCACUGCCGGCUGGGCAGCCAUCCCAGGUGGGAGAGACCCUCCCGGGGAACGGGGGAAGGGGGUGCAGGGGCAGCUACACAUGCACACACACAUACUUCCCUGCUUUCCCUCCCUAAGCCCAUCAGACAGGGAAAUGGGCAUUGCCUCCUGGGACCUGUGGACACAUUUUCUCUGAGGAGAAGCGGCCUGUUAAUUUGAUCACUGUGGCAGGCGGAGAAGAAAAAGUGAUUGCUGCUGAAACGAGGAGGAUUUCUUCCUGUUAAGUCACAAGGCCCCUGGGGUUCCCCCGGACUCAAACUCAAGGUCAAUGGCUUAUUAGCGGGACUGGGGCUUGUAAGAGGACGUGGCUCUGAAGGAGGCGGAUGCAACCUCAGCCAAGCACGGAACUUGGGUAACGCCAGCCACCCCCGACCUGCCUCCUCGUUAAGGGAGCCUGGGCACAUGUCCAGGUUGCUCGUUUCCCUCAUCUGGGCCCUCAUCUCACCAUCCAGUGCCCCACCGGGUGGUGUUGAGAAUGAACAUUGAGAAGGUGCCUGAAAGUUUUCCUUUCUGGUCCUUCCUUCUUCCCUGGAUAUUUGAGUUGCUUUGGUGCCUGCACCCACCACGCCCAGGGAACCAAGGCAGGCCCGCCGCCCAGGAGUCAAGCCCUGGGUAUGGGCUCUGAAUUCCAUUCUAGAGAUGCUCAGGAAUCCUGUGGGGCUCAUCUAGGGGACUUCAGGAAUGUCCAUGCUGGGGGUGUAGACUACUUGCUACUGUUGGGAACCCGGAAGGCAGAGAGAGAUUGCCUCCACCUCUCCAUGGAUGUGCUUUUUACUUGUGAACAGAUUAUGUAUCUUGCAUGGGUGUUUGGGUGUGCCCUCUUAACUUUAGGGGAUGUGACCAAGAAGAGACUCUUCUGGGGACUCUACCAGUCCCCACUGUGACCGUGGAGGCGGGCUUCCCCUGCCCUUUGAAAUUCCCCCACUUGGGAGCUUGUAUGUACUUUGCUCAUUUUUCUCUAUUGCUGUGAAUAGUCUGUAUGUGCAAAUGUGCAACUCUGAUUUCUCCCACUACAUACUAAAUCACUAAGUACUAAGUCACUGUGGUGGCUUUGAUGUUGCUUGGGGUUGUGGGGUAGAUAUUGAUUUGACUCAUUCAUGCUUUGAGCUACUGAAUGUUUGCCCUGCCUCCAGCCUCAUCCCAUAAAUAAUGAGCAUCAGAGAGGCUAGAGGGGGAAAACCUAGCAAUCCUGCCCCAGCCACAGGGGAAAAGCAAACAUGUAGCACCACUGCAGAGACCGAGACAAAAGGGGAACAGCCAUACCGCAGAGGCUGGCAAUUGAGUUCAUGGAUGUGGAACUCAGAGCAGAAGAGAACUCUUGGGAGUCCAGACCUUCUGGGAGGGCAGAGGGAGAAUCUCUGGAUGAAUUCCUUUAUGAAUUGAUCUUUCCCUCCUCCUUUUUGAGUGGCGGGGACCCUCCCCCAAAGCCUUGUGCCAGACACAUUCUCCUCUGCCCCUCAGAGAGGCACGUGAUGUGCAGGGAAAAUAAUAAUGGGACGUAAAACACAUCAAGCAGAAAAUUUCUUAUACUCCAGCUUCAGUGAAGUAUCUAUGUUAAUAGGGAAGUGGAACCUCAGGCUAAAGAAAGGAUUUGUGCAGACUGCCUCCUUGACUGAGAAAAUGUAGACAGGUGGGGGCAGGGACAGUCCUGCUUCCCCAGAAUAAGGGCAAACUCCCUGAUAGGCAUCU